AUGCUUUCUCAAUUCAAGGUCCUCUUCACUCUAAGCCUCUUUUUGGCUGGCCCAGCAUUCCAGGCUCUCGCCUACCCCUACCCAGGUGCCCAUCUGGAUGACGGGGAAAUGACCAAUCUGUUCAUCCGCGGCGGCACCUCCAGUCUGACCGUCAGGGUCGGAACACAGCCCACCAGCGGCCUGACAUGCCCGGCGACAAACAACGGGGAGAAUCGAGAUUACGCGGAGCACGCCUACACGGCCGGGCAGAUCAAGGCCGCCAUGACCGAAGGCGCAACGCUGGCUGCCAAGGGCAAACAGCUUGGGAAGAGUCUCUACCCCCACAAUUACAAAAACAGAGAAAGACUCCCCUUUACGUGUGGAAAGCACAAGAUGGAAUUCCCUAUUCAGACUGAUGGCAAGGUCUACGAUGGCGGACUCACCGACAAUAUCCCGGACCGCGUCAUUUACGACUAUUCGAAGGACAGCAAGGACUUCAAGGUGACCUUUUGUGGUGUCAUUCGCCACGGUCCCACGGAGAAGUUUCUGAAGUGUACUUGA